GCAUCGCCACACGCGAAAGAUCGCUCUCUCAUUCGAUAAAGGCACGAGCGGAUCGCGGUGCCCGUCCAGUCGCUUCUCGGACUUCGAUCGGUGAACCACGUGUCGCGUGGAUCCUAUCGAUCGCUGAGCACGCUGUCAAACUUUGAUGCCUGCCGCUGGGAUUACCUGUUAAAGUGGCCGGAAAAAAGAUCUCUCCCGCAUGGAAAAUUUUUAUUAAUAAUGACAAGAUAAAAUUCCGAUUCUCGAGAGAGUAACGUGUACAGUGAAAAAUAUCUCUAAGGAUUUAACGAGAUAAGUUGGAGUUCGCCGACGAUCGGACGAUUGAGUAUGAACGGAUCCUUGAUAAUCGAUAAUCCGGUGUUGAAUAAUUUAUUGUAAGAGUCAAUCGCGCCAAGUCUCGAAGAUCCAGUGUCAAAAAGUUUCUCGUUUUUCGGACUACGAGUCUCGAAAGGAUUUCCAGAUGACUUAGCACGCGCCCUGACAUCGAGUGUGAUUGAUGGAUACGCGAGUACUCAUGCGGAGAGAUCGCUGCGGAGAAAAAGAUUGUCGGAAAAAAUACGAUAGAAGUAGCAAGUGAUUCGAGAAUCAAUAGAGAUAAUUCAUCACUAAUCUUGAUUCUAUGAUUCUCGAGAGCCUCGGAGUUACGUCCGUCUGGCUAAUUCAUGAAGCCGAAUCGAAAGCGGAUUCAGAUCUUUAAUCGAAACCGAUUAAGCGUUUAGUAAGUUGGCAUUACAUAGAAGACUUAUCGAUAAGUGCAAGCAGGGUGUGACGAGAUAAAUGUGCAAGAGAGAUUCUAAUAUAUGAUAUCGAGUGACGAAAGACGAAGAGUGGAAGCGCCUGUCCCGUCCAAACGUCACCAAGAUGCGCAUCGUACGAUUUAAUCUCCUAUCAUCGACAUAUCCAGAGCAAAGCUAGAUUGCCAUUCUCGUUUGUAGAGCCCAUUCUAUGAAAAAUCCAAAGUUCGAUUAUGUUUACAAGGUGUUCGAUAUUUAAUAUAAGUAUAUUUGAAAGUUGACGCGAUAUAAAUCUCAACUGUGCGAAGAUACAUUUUUCAUAGACUUUGACAAGACGUAAAUAUUAUCCAGGAUGAGUCUCAUUCGCAUCUGCGCCCUUUUCGUGUAUCUGUUGGCGCCAAUCGCGCACACGAGUGAUGUACCACCCAUUAUACGUUUUAUUCCAUUGCAAAACGAGACUCAAAUACCGGAGGAAUACGGACAGCUCCCAUUGGUGGGAAAAUGUUGCCCCGUAAACGAAGUUCUUGCAAAAAGCGAGGAUGGGCCUCCCAAGUGCGUCUCCUCGAACGAUUCGUUGACGGAGUACUUCUCGCCCUUCUUCAGCCAGUACAAUCUCACCGGCGUGUUGGUGCCCGGAGAUGAAUAUCCUCAUUUCGUCGCUAUCGUUGGAAGUCCCUGCGAUCGAAAGUACAUGCUAGAACCGAAGAAAGACGAGAAGGAUAAAUAUUAUUUACUAUUAAAUGGUUCCAUCUUCGCGCCUAGAAUCAGUUAUGCACCAAUCAUGCUCAUGCCCGGUAAGGACUACUGCAUGGAAAUUGUGCCCGAACAGGGACUUAUGGUAUUCGUUUGUUUCCAAGAAGAAAUCGCGGAUGUACGGGUCAUCGUUUACGCUUGUGGGCUCUUGAUCUCGGUGCCUUUUUUUAUUCUCACCAUCGCGGCGUACGUGAUAACGCCACGAUUAAGGGACGUCCACGGGAAAGCCCUUUGUCACUAUUGCGGUUGCUUGGCGGUGGCCUUCAGUACUUUGGCCAUUACGCAACUCGCGAGCUCGCGAUUUCCGUUUGAAGUCUGCGUUAGCAUGGCGUUCGUCAUCCAGUUCUCGUUCGUGGCCUGCUUUUUCUGGCUGAACGUGAUGUGCAUCGAAACUUGGUCAUUAGUACGUCACCAUGUGAACCAUCGCUCGUACAGAAAGAUUCAGUCCAAAAGGCUGUUCUUCUAUUACUCGAUAUGGGCCUGGGGCCCGUCGGCGAUUCUCAUUCUCGUCUCGAUGGCGAUGGAUCUCAGUCCCACGAUACCCAUGACCUACGUCAAGCCCGCUUUCGGUAGCGACAGCUGCUGGUUCAAGUCCGACGCGGAAGCCAUGCCGUACUUUUACGUACCGAUCGGUCUUCUUCUGGUGUCGAAUACGACUCUCUUCAUAAUCACGGCUGUCAAGAUCAGCCGCUAUCAGCAGGAGCUCGCGUUAAGACGCAUGGCGAGGAAUGAGCAUUCCGAUCGAGAGGAUCAGAGACUCUUCCGCAGAAUCAAACGGACUUUCGUCGUCUGCCUGGUGCUCUUCUUCCUGAUGGGUCUCAAUUGGAUGAUGGAAUUGGUCUCUUGGUGGGCUGGCCCUCUGGAGUGGUCAGCGUUCGAUCUAGUGAACGCUCUUCAGGGCGUCCUCGUCUUCGGCUUGUUCGUCUUGAGGAAGCCCGUCAGGAAUUUCGUCUGGCAUCGAAUACAAAAGCUACGGGGAAUCCAUACCGUGGAACCGGAUAUCGGAAGUAUGGAUCUAGCACUACUGCCUGUGAUAAACGGUGAUUCCUUACCUAGACAGACUGUCGUUCAAUGAUAAUUUAGACAGAAAAAUUCAUGUUUAUCUAGACGUGAAAGUAUGAUGCAUUUAAUGCGCGCGUCGACCCAACAAGUACAAAUGUCGGCCGUGAACUUGAGGCGAUCGAUAAACUGAUAACGGCCCGGUGGAGGGAGGGACCCGAAUGUAUAUAUGGCUUCGCAGCGUGAGAUCGAAGUUAUUUUAACUUCGAUAUAUAGAGGUGGAAUAGAACGACCUUCUCGAUCGAUGACGUUUGCAGAGAGGUGAAAUAUCACCCUGUUAUUGAUGUGAUUCUUCGAUUUUAUGAACC